AUGGCGGACGCCGGUGCGGCUCAGCAGACAUCACCGCCUGGUGACGCAAAUAUCCCCGUGCGCUCAAAGCCGGGCGAGGCGGCUGACCACGUACGCAAGAAGCGAUGGGCACCCAAGACCAGGACCGGCUGUCUGACUUGUCGCCUCCGCCGGGUCAAGUGCGACGAGGAAAAGCCUUACUGCAGGCGAUGCCGCAGGCUGGGCUACGUUUGCCACGGAUACAAAGAAUCAGUACAUCAACCCGAGACUAAUCGGCAACAUGUCGCCAAGCAAAUCACCACUCUUGAGUUGUACCAGCCGCCGGUCGUUGUAUCGCCCGUACAAGUCACGGCGACGCCGCAGGAGCUGGAUAUCUUUCACUACUACCGCACCGAAGUGGCGGCACAUCGAGCCGACGAGUUCAACCGCACGCUGUGGAAUGUGUACAUUCUACGGGCGGCGAAUGACCAGCCUGCCGUUUGGCACGCCUGCAAUGCCCUCGCCGCGGUCCAUCAGAUGGACGCCAUUAAACUCUCGGCGUGGAAUGCUACCCAGUCCGCUCUCACCGUCGAGAGGAGGCAGCACCUGUAUACUUUUGCCUUGCAACAGCAUGCCAUGUCGCUCAAGCACGUCAUGGCCAUGGCGCAACAAGGCGACGCGCUCAGCUUCAACGACAAGGGCUCCAUCCUGGCUGCCAACCUGUUAUUUUUCGCCGGCUGCCUCCAUCAGGGGAGGUUAUUGGAAAGUCUGGUCCAUCUGAGAAACGGCAUCAAUCUGAUGCACCAAUGGAAGUUUUGGGAGGCGCGGGCUCCCGACGACGUUGGCUCGCCAUCGCAAAUACGCAACGGCAUAUUCCCCAGCGCAUCGCUGCUCUUGUUUUACGUUCAGAUAGAUGGGCUUGCCCAGGACUCGUCGCCGCCAGACGCGCAGGGCCCGGAGCGCACCUCUACUUGGCAGUGGGAGCCGGCGCUGUCGUCUCUGUGCAAGAGGCCCUUCUUCUCCCCGGCCGACGCUUGCCUCGAGUUUGAGAUGAUAUGGAUCGGGCUGAGGGAUCUGUUCAAGGCACUGCCUUUGCGGCCCGACGCGUCGCAGCAAAGCUCUAUUAUGAAAAGACGCGUCAUGCUCAAUGUCCAUUUGCAAAACUGGAAGACCAAGAUGGAUGCGCUGCAGUACUCGUCGCCAGACGUGAGGCCAAGUGACAGAAAGCUACUGACAAUCCUCAACAUGCGGCAUAUCCUCGCCAACAUUCUGGCCAAUGUGGACAUUGGCAAGUUUGAAGUGUGCUGGGAUGCGUUUGAGGCGCAGUUCGAGGAGAUUAUCGUCCUCGUCGAGUCGCUGCUCUUUGGGCAAAGGGGCCAAAAUCCGCACGGCAACGCCGAGCAUCGCCUUUCGUUCACGCCGACUGUGACAAAAUCGCUGCAUUACAUGGCUACAAUCUGUCGCCAUCCUAGACUUCGCCGAAGAGCAAUCUCUCUGUUGAAGGAGCUACGGCGUGCAGAGAGAGUGGGCGGUAAGAAUGCCGAUGUGUCCUUUUUUACACAGAGCAUUCAAGCCAUCAUGCACAUGGAGGAGGAGGCAUGGUUCGACGCCGAGAAGCGCAGCCACCCUGGGUGCCACUGCGUUGCGGGCGAAUUUAUCUGCAAUGCGCAUCGUGUUUCCGAGUUUCAGAUCAAGUAUGCCGAUAGCCAAGAGGGGGAGCUCAUAUUCCGCACGGUGGACGAUGUUGUGAAUAAUUGCCCCGCGCGGAGCUUGACCAUGAAUAUCUUGAUUGCAAUGUAG